AUGGCGAAAAACCUGGUGUCUGUUGUGCAAGUGAAUGAGCGGAUGGAGUCGAUUGACCUAUGCUCCGUGCAUGCCCCAGGAAUUCAAGCCGUCGCAGAUCGCAUUCAUGAAGGUUGUGGAGUACCUCGAACGGGAGCCCUUUCCUGGACGAGAGAGGCUGCCAGCAAAGAACCGAUGAUUGGCGGACGCAAGGGGGUGGAGGAUAAAGGCCCGAUGCGAGAAGCUAGUCGGUCUUGGAAUGUGUUGGAGACAGGCCCACGGGAGAGCAAAGAGAAGAGUGAGAGAGGGGAAAAAAAAAAAAAGGGAAAGAUGCAAAUCACAACGUCGACUUAUUAA